UCCUAUUCUGCGCCGCCACUGCAUCUUCCUAGGGAUCCUCUCAGAUCCCCUUCUCACCCAACCAGUGCGCUCCACCAAUCUAGCCCCCUCCAUCCACCGACGCCUCCCCUGCUCGAUCCCGAGGGGAUCACGAGCAGCUCCCCACCGGUUGCCAGCGCAGCAGCGCACCUCCCCUCGCGCCAUGGGGCUCCAAGUCCGCCCAACUUGCCUCCGCUUCUAUCCAGCAGGGAAUGAGACCCCGACGACCUCCCGUGACCGGAUCCAGCACGCCCAGGCCGAGCCCUACAGGAUCUUCGCAGGAGCAGAAGCUCCUCCACCAUGGACGCCGGGAAAUGCCAUGGCCGCCACACCAUGGAGUCACAUCGACCCGGAUCCGGCCGGGAACCAGACGAGCCCGUGCCUCCCCCGCCUCGGAUCGGGUCGUCCCUGCGCCAAGUCCCUAGCCGCCGAUGCCGUCGCGCCUUCUUCCCAUGUGAUGCUCGAGCGAGAGCCAUGCCCGUGCUGCACCCCUGCUCAGGAACGAGCUCAGCACCGUCUUGUGCUUCGCCCCGCGCCUCAAGUCCCGCAGCGCCGCCUCCCUUGUUUCGUCUCCGGCCCCUGCCUCGCGUGCGUGACGUCCCGUGCCAGAUCUCCAAGGCCAGCGCCGCCCGUCGCAGGAGCGCUCGUCCCCAAGUCCUGCACUGCCGCCGUUCGAGAGGAGGACAACGGAGCCGCGCCCCGCGUUGAGCAGUCUAGCGCCAGCCUGGACUAGUGCCACUCGCUGCGCGAGGCCUCCUCUGCUUCGCUCGCGGCCCAGCCUGCACCCCGCGGCCUGCCUCCACCUCCUCACCGACGGGCUGAAGCCCAUGGUGAGCGCCCCAGCGCCCAGCAGUUUCGGCCCAAUGUAGUUUUUUUUCGGUCUGCGAAUUUUUCUAAUUUCCGGGGAAUUAGCAGAUUUGCAGAAAAACCCUCAUACUUCAUGCAUUUAAUAACUUCUCAACCGUGCAUCUGAUUAAAACAUUUUAUAUACGUAACAUGCUUAGAAUUGCAUCUAGUUUCAUAAUAUGUCA